AUGUGGACAAAUGAAGGCAAAAAUGAAGAAAGAAAAAAACUGACUUAUGUGUCAAUUGUUUUAGCACUUUAUGAAAUAUCUUUUUCUAAUAGUUUUGCAGCUGGUGUAAGAAGUACAGCACGAAGUUUACUAAAUCGACUCACGAGUUAUGAAACAACAUUAACAGCUAUGAUGUUUCUACAAAUAUUUAAGUUCACUACUGCUCUGUCUGAUUAUUUACAAACAUCUAGUCUUGAUUAUAUACAGGCCUGGCGAAAAAUUGAAGUAACUAUAAAGUCAUUAAAAGAAAAUCAAAGAGAAUUUUCAUCGAUAAGUGCAGCUGCAAAAGAAUUUUCAAUAUUUACAUCCGAAGUUAUAUGGAAACACGAAACAGAAAUUGAUAUUGGGUUAGAAUUACCUCAAAAAAGAAGAAUAAACAUUCCACGACGUUUUGAAGAUAACCCCAACAUUGACCCGGAAAUUGGAGCUUCUCCAGAAAAAAUUUAUGAAAUAAAAACUUUUAGUGUCGUUAUGGAUACUACUAUUGCUUGUUUAGAGAACAGAUUUUCUGGUAGUAAUGAUAUAAAAUACAAGAUAAAUACAGUACAAGAUAAAUCGGACUUUGAAGAUUACAUGCAAAAUGAAAACAUUGAAGAAAAAUGUACAAAUAUAAGAAAAUGUAACUCGUGUUUAUUGUGCGUGACGAACAUAAUUUAUGAGUUUAAUAUGUAUUCUUUGGAAUAUAAAGAACUCUUCGACGUAUACAAAUUUUUGUUGACUAUUCCUUUAACUCAAACAACCUGUGAGAGAUCAUUCUCCAAACUGAAAUUGAUUAAGACGCGAUUGAGAAGCACAUUAACUCAACCAAAUUUAGAGUCAAUAUUCAUCAUGAAUUGCGAACGUGAAAUAGUAGAUGAAAUAACUAAUGACGAAAUAAUAGAUUCCAUGUGUGAGAAAAGUUUAGAAAUGUUUAGAUUAUUAAAAAUUUAACU